AUGAAACUAUUCAAGGCUCCGAAAUGUCUGUCCGAUGCGGUAGCACCGCUUGUGAUCUUGAACUACCUAGCGGGACUUCGCAUUUUCGAGUAUCCUCGUGGAAAACUACGCGUCGCACCCAGCCUGAUUUACCUUCUGCUCCUGCUCGGCAUCUUCGUCAAGUCUGAAUAUGCGGAAUAUAACUUCUACAGGCAAAUUAAACUGCUGAAGCUAGAGUACUUCUUGUUCGAGUUCACGAUCUUUGUGAAUACCUUCGUCAUUAUGUACGAAAUGGCUCUUGGUUAUUUUUACACAAAGACAAUCAACGCCUGCUACAGAAAAGCUGCUCAAAUUGACGAGACAUUGCGACAACUCGGAUCAGUGUUCAAUUACAGCGAGGUAUAUCUGUUGACAAUCGGCGUUGUAAUUGUCUGGUUCACGUGCAUCCUGUUCACAGCCAUUUGGAUGGCGCAAGAUAUGCGCACAGACCUGCCAACUAUGAUUUGGAUAAUUGUGACGCAGAUAUAUAUAAUAAACAUCACCUUCUCCCUCAUAUUCGAAUUCUCGAUAUUCGUAAGAUACCUGCAAACGAGAUUUAAAUUAAUUAAUGAACUCCUGAGCGAAUGCGCGGCGAUCUCGACAACGCCAGGAAAGAAACUGGAUCUAUUUGCUACGAACGAUUAUGCUAAAAUCAUAGGCGAUAAACAACACCAGAACGUUCUUCCGAUGAAGACGUUGCUUCAGUUAAAUCGGUUGCAGUCUCGAGUACGAACUUCUGUGUCGGGAGAACGUAAUAUCGUUAGAUCACAGACUCGAUCUUGCCUACGGUCUCAAGUUCAAAAUCACCUGCAAAUGGAACCUCAGGGUCAAUCCAGUAACCAAUUCAGAGAUUCAAAUUCGGCCCAAAGAUCGGUCACGACCGUGGAAUGUCGGAGACGUACACACUCGUUGCAAACGAUCAGGCAGGUUCAUCUGGAACUGUGCAAGGUAUUAAGGAUGCUGUGCACCAGCUUUGGUGUACAGAUCAGUUCGGAAAUCGGAACCUCCAUCAUGUUCAUCGUUGGAUUUUUGUAUAAUUUGUACAUCCUGUGGUUCCAAAGACGACAGGGAGCAACAGGUCUCAGCAUGUUGGACGAAGCAUCUGUCGCAAUCACGUUUACAAUCUUGGAGACACUGAAGAUUAUUCUCAUAAAUCACGUUUGCAAAUACGCGACCAACGAGGGAAAGAAGACCAGCGAAAUCAUCCACGAGAUUUACGGAUGCUGCUCGGAUACCGAUAUACGAGAAGAGAUUCUGCAGUUCGGUCUUCAGAUAUCGCAAAGCCCGGUGGAAUUCUUUACAUACGGCGUGUUCUUAAAUUAUCAGCUUCUUGGCUCGGUUCGUAGAUUCGCACUUGAAAUAUGUGUCACUUGUAACAGUCAAAGCAAAAAUGCGAGUGAUGAUUUGUGCUUUGCGCUUUUACUGUCCGCAGAGUCUGAACGUUGUGACGACUUAUCUGGUUAUCAUGAUACAGAUGAGCAUCUCUCUAGAGUCGAAUAA